AGAAGUAUUCAAAUAGAAGUACAGGUGGCAGUGUCCGAGUGUACAUAUGGUUCAACAUGGGGUGCGGACAGCUACAUUAGGGACGAUGUGAGAUGCCCCACACACUAAUCAGUUCCUGACCAGGAUAACGGACCACAAGGAAAUGCCCAAUCAGCCGGGAUCCUUCUAUUCUACUAUGGACCGUCUAUUUGUUCUCCGAAAAUAAGCUGGUGAAGAUUCGCAGAUGCUCGGAAUGUGAAGAAGGACUUUCAGUCGGUCAGUACUGGACUACAACUACCUACUGACUGCCAAGCCAACAAUUCGUCCCCGUAAUAAGCGAUGCAGCACUACUGAAGGUCGAGAAAAGGGACCCUUAAGAUUCCAGACCCCAAACUACAUUUUCAGAGAUGAAAGGGCGACGAUAAUAGAGACGACUGUCUGUGGGCGGAACUGUGUAGCGUUGUGUGGGCUGUGAAUACCGCCAUUGUACCAGCCGGGAACGGACACUUUCUCUCAGUGGUUCCGGCGGACAGCGUAGGUCAGAGCUAGGGGCCGAUCUGCUUCAGAACUCCUCUCCGUUUUGAGAUUAUCGGUCGACAAAACAGCAUGUCAUUGCGACUGUUGCUACAGAUUCUACCUCUCCUGAUGUUCGUGCGGACGUCUGUUGACGCUGCUACGUCACGCGUCGUCACGACGUCAGCCGGACAGGUUCGUGGACUCGAGCUUGACGUCCUGGGAAGGAAGGUCAACGCAUUCUUGGGGAUUCCUUUCGCAAAGCCGCCGGUCGGGGACCUGAGAUUCAAAGCACCGGAGCCCGCGGAGUCAUGGAGCGACGUCUACGAAGCCACAGAGUUCCCUAACUCCUGUAUGCUGGCGCCGGACGUCACGUUUCCCGGCUUCCAUGGUGCGGAGAUGUGGAACCCCAACACGCCCAUCAGUGAGGACUGUCUGUACCUGAACGUGUGGCAGCCGUCCGCCCCCACCACUCCCACAGGAGCAACCGUCCUGGUCUGGAUCUACGGAGGGGGCUUCUUCUCGGGUACGUCAUCUUUAGACGUGUACGACGGAAGGUACUUGGCACGUAUGGAGGAUGUGGUGGUGGUGUCCAUGAACUAUCGUCUGGGCGCGCUCGGUUUCUUGUACACCGGCUCAGAGGCUGCGCCGGGAAAUGUCGGACUCUUGGAUCAACACCUCGCACUGGUGUGGGUUCAACAGAACAUACAGGCCUUCGGAGGGGAUCCGGAGAAGGUCACCAUCUUUGGAGAGAGCGCAGGCGCGGCGAGCGUGAGCUUCCACAUGAUGUCUCCCAUGAGCAGGGAUCUGUUCCAGAGAGGGAUCCUGCAGAGCGCCUCCGCGGUCGCUACCUGGGCAGUGACACCUACCGAACAAGCGCGGCGCCGCAGCAGGGCGCUGGCCAUAGACAUCGGGUGCUCGGCAGAGGAGGAGGACAUGGAUGUACUCGUGGCCUGCCUGAGAGAGGCUCCGGCUCAGACUAUCCUAGACCACGAGUGGAACGUUGUGGACUUGUCUGACGCACACUUCCUCGCUGACCUCCCUUUUGUACCAGUAAAGGACGGACAGUUCAUCACAGAAAACCCUGCUGAGGUGUUCGAAAAAGGUACUUUCAAAGACGUUGACAUCCUCGUCGGAUUUGUCAGGAACGAGGGAAAUUUCUGGCUAGUGUACGGAGUACCAGGUUUCGACAAGGAUACAGACAGCAUUAUCAAUAGGGACACGUUUGUAGGAGACAUAGGAUAUUGCCAUCCCCUGUUGAACGACAUUACGGUUGAGGCCACGGCGUUCGAGUACACAGACUGGCUGCACAUUGACCAGAACACCAUGUAUCGAGAUGCGCUGGAUAACGUCUUCGGGGACCCCUUCUUCGUCUGUCCGACUGUGGCCGCGGGGAAGGCCCACGUCAACCACGGCAGGACAGCAUACGUGUACGAGUUCGCGCAGGUGGCCUCAAACUUGGCGUGGCCACACUGGAUGGGCGCCAUGCAUGGGUACGAGAUAGAGUUCAUCUUCGGGCUCCCUAUCGAUCCGAAGUGGAACUACACCGCCGAAGAAGGGGAACUAGCCCGCAGGAUGAUGCGGUAUUGGACCAACUUUGCGAGAACCGGUAAUCCGAACAAGAGGACUGCUGACGACCCGACGGAGGACAUAUGGCGGCCGUACACGGAGGAGGGGCGGGAGUACAUGGUCCUGGACACCGACGGAACCCGGAUGUUGAACGGUCCGAAGAGCAAGCAGUGUGCAUUCUGGGAUCGAUACAUGCCCAGCCUUCAGCAGGAGACAGACGCUCUUAUUAACGACGCGGAGCCGUGCAGUUCAGGCGGGAAGUCCUGGCGUUCUGAAGGAGUUUCCAAGUUCAGCAGUUUUGUGACCGUUGCCCUGGUGUUGGCUGUGCAUCAGCUGCAUCUGCUUGGACAUUAAGUGAACCUGCGGCUGUAUAGCUGAGCGGAUAAACUGACAGAUAAGUACUGACAUCGCCCAGUUAACCAUUCCGCCUUGGACAUAUCCGCGCCAGCGGAGGAAUACAGGAGUGGUUGUGCACUCUUCAAAAUUCAGAGUCG